UUCUCGACGAUGGCGACAGCUGAGACGCGAACAGAAGAAAAGGUCACACAAGAAAAACCAGGGAACAAUGAGACAGCAUUACCGAUGAAUUCAGGAACAGCUGCACCAGCAGUCCCAGCAGAAGAAAAUGUGGACAUGGACACAAAGGACGAGAAAUCAGCUGGUGAUUGCACAAAGACUGCUGUAGAGUCAGAUGAAGCAAGUGUAAAAGCUCCUGUAGAACAAGAACAAUCCAGUGUCAAGGGAGAGGUUGAGGAACAAAGGCAGGAUGAAAUCCUGGCCUUCUAUGGUGAGGAAGAAACACGUAAUUACGACAGCCCAGAAGCAGGCCCUGCAGUGGAAAAAGGUGAUGGGUCUAACAAAGGAAAACCAACAACUGAGCAGGUUAAGGAAGAGAAACCCAAAGAGGAGGUUCCAGAGGAGGAGCCACUCCCUGAAAACAUGGCCAAGUGUGAAUUCUGCCACUACAUUGGAAUAAGGGAAUCCUUUUUCUCAAAGUCCAAACGCUUUUGUAAAAUGGAAUGUGCGAAAAGAUACUCAUCUGCGUCCAAUAUUAAACAGAAGUCGAAGGGAGACAAGAUUGGGACUCCAAAAAAGAAACACAGAACUUCAGACAGACACAAAGUUUCUUUAAAACUCGACCUUCUUUCUAACCUAGUGACUGUUUUGUCCGAUACAGCAAAGUGUGAAUUCUGCUGCUACAUUGGAGUAAGGGAACACUUUUUCUCAAAGUCCAAACGAUUCUGUAAAAUGGAAUGUGCAAAAAGAUACUCUGCAUCAAAUAUUAAAAAGAAGUCAAAGGGGGAAAAGAUUGGAACUCCGAAAAAGAAACACAGAACUUCAGAAAGGCACGCACAUAAUACAAAUGCAGCAGCUGCUGCUGCUUCAGCAACAUCUUCCGCUACUUCUGCGGCAACAGCUUCUGGUGUUCAAGAAAUGAGUCAAGAUGGGCAACAGGAGGAAGCUGAAGGCUCUGGGGCAAGUGCAACCCCUCUGUCUAGAGAAGAUGUUGGUGAAAAUUGGCAGAAUCGUAGCUUUGACUGGACAGAAUACCUCAAGAAAACAGGAGCUAAAGCUGCUGCUACUCAUCUGUUUGAACAUGUCAGUCUGAGCCCGUGUUUGAAAGGCGUACAUGUUGGCAUGAAGGUGGAAGUCGUAAACUGCAGUGUGGACGUCGUAGAUGACACAGAUGUGGCUUUUUGGGUAGCGACAGUGAUAGAAAUCAGGCACUACAGAGUCAAAUUACGAUAUGAAGGGUACGAGGUAAACCCUGCUGGCGACUUUUGGUUUGAUCUAAGGUCAAAGAACAUCCAUCCAGUCGGUUGGUGCGCGAAGAGAAACAAACUGCUCAUACCGCCCCCAGCUAUCAGAGAGAAAUGCGCGAACUGGCGGGACUACCUCUUUAAAUGUCUCUCUGGAGCCAAGACUUUCUCGGUAGAAUUCCUUCAACAACUGCAAAGCCAAUCGUACAACAGAUUCCAGAAGGGCAUGAAAGUGGAAGUGGCUGAUCGCAAGAACAUGUACUCCAUGUGCGUAGCAACCAUAGUUGAUGUGAUAGGAGACCGUCUGAGGAUGCGGUAUGAUGGACUGGAUGACGAUGUGGCUGAAGACUUCUGGUGCCACUACCAAUCUGCUGAGAUUCAUCCUAUUGGCUGGUCAUCCCUGGUUGGACAUACUUUGCAGCCGCCCAUUGGCUGGAAACACAGUCUCAGCAAGUGGAACGAAUUCUUGGCGGAUGAUUUGGCAAACUCAUUGGAUGCACCUCAGGAAUUCUUUGUACAGGACUCAACGGGAACAGCCCCUGGUGUUCACCAGUUUAAAGUGGGUAUGAAAUUCGAGGCAAUUGACCCAUUCAACCCGAGUCACGUGUGUGUUGUGACGGUGAUCAAGGUGCUGAGGUUCAAUUACUUCGUGCUUGGAGUCGAUUCCUUGGCCACUUACUUCGUGUGUCACGCUAAUUCAAUUAACGUGUUCCCCUGCGGAUGGGCUAAGGCUCACGGGCUGCAGUUACACCCGCCCAGAGGUGAUUAUACCCAAGAGGCUUUCAGCUGGCCUGAAUAUCUUGCCAAGACGGGUGGUAUUGAAGCCCCUCCACAGCUCUUUCGACAGGAGCAAAGGGGCGAAAACAAUUUUAAAAUUGGAACCAAACUCGAAGCAGUGGAUCUGCGCGAACCCGCGCUCAUCUGCCCCGCGACAAUAACAGACCUCAAGGGACCCCUGCUGAGAAUCCAUUUUGACGGCUGGGACGAUUCCUACGACCAGCUGGUGGAUAAAGAUUCGCUGGAUAUCUUUCCUGUCAGCUACUGCACCUCAGUUGACCAUCCUCUGCAACCUCCAGGACCAAUGCCUGAUAAAUUUGUGGAACGUUACGGUCCAGUUACGGAUGUCAGCCGUCAAUCCGCACCCAGACCCCUGAGUAGGCCUGUCAAGAGACGAGCAUCCGCUGACGACGAUGGGCAAAAGAAAAAAGCCAAAUCGCUGUACCCCCAGGAGGAGGUUUACCUAAACAAGCGCUGCUACCCAGGACCACUCUUGAGCCGAGACCUAGUGCGCAGUCUCCCCGAUGCUGUCAGAGGCUCCGUGGUAGGACCUGAGAAACACAAUAUCAUGCGUCUGUGUAUGCAGCACCUGGUGUCCGCGUCUAUCAAUCCCAAACAGGUCCUGGAGUUGUUUAGCCGCGAGUUUUAUCAGAGCAAGAAAAACAGAGAAUUCCAACUUGGCGGAACAGUUUGCAUUGAGACUAAGAGCAAGAACGGGAAGCGACUUAUGAGGCGUGUCCGCGUGGUGAAUAAAGCGGAACAUCUGCAGCCUUAUCUGCAGCGAGUCUGUCAAGUGCUGGGGUGCUGCUCGGAGCUUGUCAGUUCCACGCGCUACGCUCUCGGUUCCUGCAAUCAGAGCAGCUGUCUGAAAGGGAAAGACAAUGGUGUGACAUCGUCAAGCGAUGGCCGCGCCCUGCAAGAAACAACCCUUGAUAUGCCACACCCACCCAUCGCUCCUCCUAGCAUGAAAGGCCAUCACGACUCAGCUGUGUGGCUGCAGCCUCUGGAGAGAGAAUCUUCACACGACUCGAUGGUGUCUUCCACAAGUAACCUUCCCUCCUCUUCCGCGGCGCAAGAAUCAGACGCAGCUUCAGUUCUGUUGUACCAGAGCUGUAACAGCGGUAAAGAUCCCCGGCUGUGGAACGUGCAGGAGGUGACAAGUUUUAUGUUCUCCAUCGGCUGCUCAAAUUACGCGGAUGCUUUUGUCAAAGAGGAAAUCGAUGGUCGCGCACUUUUGUUAUUGACGCAAGAAAUGCUGGAAUCGCUGACAGAAAACAAACUCGGCCCUAUGACGAAAAUCCAGAGCGCCGUCAAGGCUCUUAAACAAGCGUGGGGCAUUUGAAUAUAAGAAUCAAAAUUAUAUAACGUAAACACUACAGUUUUAUUCCGAAUUUAAUGUAACCACAGUCUCUUGACUGGGCACGUUUUUGUAGUAAUAUUUUAAUGUGUUUUUUCUACUUAACCCUUCAUCCUCAGCAUACAAAAUCUCCCAACUGGCUGGCAUAGAUAUAUCUAUACUAGAAUCUUGGAGAAGGUGCAUUCUUAUCAAAACGGUGUUUCUUCAGGGAUUAGUGUUGGUUUUCUCAUUUCCUGCAUGCCCGAUAAUUAAGAGAAACUCUGUUUUGAUAAUUGUUGGGGUCUUAGAAGGGUUGAGGUUCGGUAAUGUGCGCCCUCCCUCCCCCCAUCCUGACAAGGGUAUAAACUUAGGGUGGGAUCGACAAAUAACAAUUAUUGGAUCGAGAGCACUGAAUCCACAGUCACUUUUUAAGGAGUGCUGUCUUUCAUUUCAUAGUUACUUUCGGGACAGAAAUUUAAAUGAGUUAAGUAGGCAUAGAACUUUAUAACUGACAGAAACUCAUUUAAAGGAUUUUGAGCAGUCACAUUAUGUUUUCAUCAUCUUGAAAAGGUUUGAACUGAAUUUUUUAAGUUCGUGACUCGCAAUCCUUUUCAAUUUUCGCUAUCCUCGGCCAUCAUUGUUCCAGCGUGGCUUUUUCCUGCCUCUGUUGAUUUCGUCUUUCUUACUUAACGUAUUUUGUAGUCCCCUUCGGUCAUAGGGUUUUUUUUUUUUUUUUUUUUUUUUUUUUUUUUUUUUUUUUUUGUUGCUUGGUUUUUUUUAAGAGCGCAGAACAUCACUCAAAAUGUUCUCGAUGAGUGCCCUGUUCCCGCUGCUGAACUAGUCAGAUUCCAAAUUAAAGCUAAUGGCGACUCGGCAAACUACGUUUCCCGCGCAAACCCACUAUUCUCAUUGGCUCUGGUUAUAUUUUCCUUCACUCCUAUUGGCCGUUAGAUCAGUUUGGUUUUUGUUCUUGGUUUUACAACACUCGACUGAAAACGCUUCAUAUGCAAUUUUUUUUUGUUUUUUUUUUUCAUUUUUAUCAAUUAUUUUGAUUCUUCAGAGUUUUCAAGACAGUUUUGUACUUAAGAAAAAUUUCGUAUCCUUUGCGUUGCUGAGAGUUCGUAAAAUGUUCUGUCAGAUAUCAAGAGAAGAUUUUGCACCCUUUUACUCAUAACCUCUACUUAAAAGCAAAAGGCAGCGCCCAUGGGAAAAAGUGGUUCACCAUGUAUUCGUUUUCAAUAACUCCCGAUGUAGACCUCUUCUAGUCCCAAAGCUUUAUUUAUGCCGAAGUUGUUAGGUAGCGUAUUUGUUUAGUUCAAAAACGUAAUGCGACCGUCAUCGUGUGUCGCCAAAUUUACUAUAGUUGUUUAUAGUCGUUAGUCGAAUCAUAGUUAAAAUAUUUUAACGAGAUUUUUCCAAAGCCUAAAGACGCAGACUUAAUAGCACAAUAGCCACUCAAUUUGUUGCAUGUACAAUGAAAUGUUCCUAAUUAUGAAGUAUGAUAAUGUAGGAUAAGUGUCGGUAUCUGAAGUGAACAACGAUGCACCCACCCCUCUCCUAAGCCAACAACAAUCAACUGAUAACGGUUUAGGGUUAAUGUUGGGUUGAGGGAGGGGUGGGUGAGCAGUUGCGUUGGAUACUGCUAUUGACCUAUAUGUAUUCACUCUCAAAUGGUUAAACUGCUUCUGGUAAAUUAUACUGCCACAAACUAAUGCUGCUUGGGUUUUGAGAGAUCUUUUAUUCGAAUUGACGAGAAAGUUAUGUUAGAUUUUGUUUCGUUAGCGUACAUUUAAACACUUUAACCUCUUUAUUUCACCAAAUUGAUGGUAAACAAACCUCCCUGCCCUCUUCUUUAUUAGUAGAUUGUUAGUUUAGAGUAGAAUUUAUUUUUAUUAGUAUUUUAUGCCUUUUUUCGUACGUCAAUCUUGUAUCUUCCACUCCUUUAUGGCGUACGUGGAAAUGAGUGAAAACAGAAUCCGCUAAAUAAUCUGAAUCAAAGCAAUUGUUUUAAUAUCCAGUAGAGAGUCUGUAUCUUGAUAAUUUAUUAUAUUGUUCACUGCCCUAAUUUGCGAAUAUCUACCUUUUAAUGGUUCUAUGGUAUGUCUAAAGGUCUAAAUUAAAAUUUCACUCACGGAA